GUUGGAUCUAAAUGUUCAAACUGGCGCAUGGCAGCUUUGCCUGACGAGCGACGGCGCUUUGAGUUGGAACUCGAGUUCAUCAACUCCUUGGCCAAUCCGCAAUAUGUGCAGUGGAUAGCACAGACAUAUGGGAAUGACACAUCUUUUCUAGAGUACCUGCAAUACCUGCUCUACUGGAAACAACCGCAAUUCGCAAAAUACAUCAUAUAUCCUCAUUCCCUUCACUUCUUGGGGCUGCUGCAGAGCCCGGAGUUCAGGACGGCAGUUGCCCUUGCCCCAGUACGGGAACUCAUCGAGAACCAGCAAUUCUUCAUGUGGCAGCACUUCAGGAAGGACAGAGAAUUAUCACAUGAGGGAUCAAAUGCAAGUGCCGAUCAGAGAUAGGACAUUGUGAUGCCCGGCAACGAGGGCUUCUGCUGCUGAGGUGGACACCAACUGGAAUUGGCAACCUGUGCAACAUGCAUAUGCUGUGCACAUGAUGCAACUUGCUGAUUCUUAUCGGUCUUCUAUAAAGUCAGCACUGCAGGCCAGUGCGUCCAGUAUGUGACUUUGCUGUGGGAACUGGCAUGGUAUUUUGAGUGCCUUCGUGCAGUCUCUAGCUUGGUUCAUUCCUUUCCAGACACCAUCAGGCUUCUCCAGUCCUCUAGUGUGUCCAGUACUAAUGUGAUUUCGUCCGCUGUAACUCACCUGCCAGCA